GUUCUUUCUCUGUGCAAGGACUCUGUUCAAGCUCAAUGGCGGAGCCAGGUUUUUCAUUGAGGGGGUUCAGAAGUAAAUAUACGGACUAGUCGAAGGGGGUUGAACAUCUACUAUAUAUACGUAAAAAUAUUUUUGACCAUGACGAAGCCCCUGAAUUGUAUGUGGCUCCGCCACUGUUCAAGCUGACAGGGAUGAUCCUUCUCAACCUUUGGUUACAGCACCUUUUGGACAUGCUUCACAGGAAAUUGUAAACCUGUUGCUUUCUGGGGAAGCUGUUGCCAAUGGAUUUGGGUGGUGGCAUGUUUGUGAAGGGUAUCUCCACUAGGGUUGAAGUUGGAUUUCUUACUCUGCUAGAGUCCCUAAACUUCUGUAAAGUUGGCCUGCACUUGAAAUGGCCAAUAUGGGUUGUUGGCAGUGAAUCUCAUAACAGUUUCUUACUUGCUCUCGAUACAAAAGUUCAGGAGGAGAAUGAACUUGAAGGCAAGGAAACAAAGAUCCGUAGAGCUUUUGAUGCACGAGAUCAGAGCGGAGGUGGUGGGUUCAUUAGUGUGGAAGGGUUUCAUCAAGUCCUUAGGGAAACUAAUGUCAAUCUUCCAGCUGACAAGCUUCAAAACCUCUGUAUGGAGGCAGUGGAUACAUUGUAUGGAGUGAAUUCUGGCAGGGUCUUGUUGGACUUGGACAAGAGUUUUUUUUUUGGGAGGGAUGAAAGAUCCUAGUGGAUUAAUGGGGAAGAAGGCCUCUGAUCUUUACCACUUCAAUGGGAUUGCAAAAUCAGUUAUGAAUGGGAAACCAGGUUUCAUCUGGAAGUGAUUUUCCGGUACAAAGGCCUAGACUCACUACCUUCCAAUCUCAACUUCCCAAACUUCCUCUUGCAUGUAUCAGUUUUUCCAUAUACAGUGGAGUUCGUCGUUGGUCUAGUGAAAUAGUUCCAUAUCUCCCUUCCCCAACCAAUCAUCAAUAGUAAAACAUCAAGAACUUGAAAAGAAAAGGAAAGUACGUACCUUUUUAACUUUCCAUAAUAAGAGAUUUCAUCAAGUGAGAAGAGACCGAAUAACUCUUUGCAGUAGAUUGAAGAUCAUGCAGUGUGCACAGUGCCAAAAUGAAGUGCUGUAUAGAAGGAAAUAUAGGGCUAAAAUAGUGUAGCUAGAUAAGAACCAAAAUCCCCGACAAUAUAUACCAUGAUG